AUGAGAAAGCGGGAUCAUCGAGGGAUUUCUCGGUGUUUUGAGACACAAGUUGAUGGUUGUGUCUCAACGAUGAACGGUCCACAAAUACCAAAAAACAGAUAUCUCUCAACUUCAGCCUUGCACAGAAUGCCCUCGAGAGGAAAGAUCCAACAUUGGAG